GGUUGAGGGCGCUAUAUAACAUUAACAGACGAUCACGAACCAAAUCAUGGAAGCACGUGUUUUCUGCUUACUUUUUGCAUGCAGCGCGUAGUUUAGAUUUAGAAACAGUAACAUGUGGAAAACUCGUAACCACACUUCUAAAGAAGCUAAAUUCUGAGCCUCAAGUUUACGAAGAGUUUUUGAAGAAGAUUUUGUAACUGUAUUUGACAGAGAUAUAGUCACUUUUGAAAGGACCACAAUUCCAACCCCAGAAAGAUGCCUUUCUAUUCAAAACAGAGCCUUUUGAGAGAGUACCACAGGUGGAAUGCACCCAAGAGAAGGAACUUGGAUCGUUACAUUGAAGUGAUUUAUGGAAAGACAUUCCUCUCUGAGUUAAAGAUGAAUCUUGAAAAGAAGAGACAAGACCAAUCAACUGCAGCCCAGGGAAGAUCACAACAGCCGCAAAAAGCAGUCAAUGGAUCAUCAAAACAGGAGAAGCCCUCCGAUUCUGAGACAAGAAAUGCUGCUGAGGAUGAAGGCCAUCUUCAAGAAACCGUCACCAAGGAAAUACCAAGACGCAAGCGUUAUGCUCCACUGGCACAUGGGAGCAAGAGUAGGGAGGCAGGGUCUAGUAGUGGAUUGAUGACAAGGAAAAGACGCCAAAGCAGAUGGAUAUAUGCCAGGGAUGUUUCAUCCUCGACAGAACUGACAGGAGAAACCUCUAAGAACGAGGAAGAAGAAGGGCGCUUUCAGGCAGAUGGGGAGAGGAAGGAAGCUUCCACAGACCAAGACAUCCCUGCCGUAAUGGACCGAGAAGAGGAUGCAUUUAUCCCUUCUAGGAGUGAUUCUUCCACAACAGAAGGUACAGGAGAAGCCUCGACGAAGAAGCAAGGAGGGAGACUUCAGGCAGAUGCUGAAAGUAAGGCAGCUUCCACAAUUCAGGACAAUCCAGACAAGGGUGCUUUUAUCUCUACCAGAACAAAACGUUCUAGAGGCAUCCGUGAGAGGAAUGAUGAAGGUAAAAGAGAUGAUACCAGGACAGAUGGCAGCCUCGGAGCUCAAUCAACACAGAGGUCUCUAGAGACUCUCCCAAGAGGUAAUGCUGAAACGGCUACUUCAGAUGCCCCCGAAACUUCAAGAGCUGUUGAGGAUAAACCCUCUUCGGAACAAAAGGCAAUUACAUCCAGGACACAGAGAAAAAGCUCCCGGAAAAGCUAUCCUUCAGGAAAUGUUGACGGAACAGAACUUGACCUUCCUGUCGGCGAGGCAGGUUGUGACAUUCAGAAAAUACAAGCUCUGAAUGCCGUUGCAGAAUCCACAAUGACGACAGCAAGUGAAUCUCAUGACCAAUUCGAAGACGACCAAGAUGGAGCCCUGUCGUCAUCACAAAUUUCAGGAGUGACUGGACAAUCAGCUCUUGGGCUGAGAGGUCGUACCAGAAACAGAAGAGCCUUUUCUCCUCAGCAAAGAAGACGAGUAACCCGUCAAAGGUUCACCUCCUCAAGAAAUGUCUCUGGAAGCUAUAAGGUUGACAGCAGGGAUACUGUGACAACAUCACAGCCCAGCAGCACCUCGGAAUCAGAAGUAAAAGAAUCUGUCUCAGAUAGUGCGGAAGGUAGCUCAACAGCGCUGAUGCAAGGAGGCCCUUCUCAGGAAAGAGCUGUUGCCUCCAAGAGGGUGAUAAGAUUUCGACAGACUGCAAGGAAAUGCUUUCCAAAUCUAAGCCAAAGUGCAGCUGUUGAGUAUGGAGGCAAGAGAAGCCGGUUAGCUGAUGCACAGCCAUUCAGCUUUACACUUGCCAGUGAUCAGAGGCUAGAUUCUGCUUCUUUCAGUCGCCGUGUUUCUGUCGAGGUUCACAGAUUGGAAGAGCCAGUAGGUUGCAGUCCAAGUUCUCUGACAACCCAAGUAGAUAGCUGUCCUGCUGAGAUUGGAAGUCACGAUGAAACACAAGCCAUGGUUGAUGUUGGGGAGAUAGUGAAGAGAGUGGAGGGUAAUGCAAGCAGUGAUGAUGUCAGUCUGAGAGGCCAGGAAUCUCAAGAUCCACGCGACGAGGAUCUGUGGGACUUGUCAGUGGUUUCUGCAAUUGAGGACAUCCCUCUGUUGGAAGACGACGACAAAGGAAAGUCGUCCCAGAAGGAAACAGAUGCCCCUCGACAUCCGACAAAAACUCAGCGGGACGUGACCACCGGGACUCAAGAAUGGAUGCCUGGUGGAUUCUCCUCCAAGCAUGAGGAUCUAGAUUGUAAGCCUGAGAAUGACAACGAUGACUCGGUCAUUGAUGAGUCUGUGGAAGAUGAUGACAGCACCUCUCCCAUCGGCAGCUACCUUCCAGGACUCUCGCGCCUUCAUGGCAACCUACCCACGGAGAGUCAGCCUCCUUAUGUCAACUCUCCCAUUAUCCCAGUCCUGGGUCUGCUCCACCAGCCUACAGGCAAGGAAAAACAAGUUGAGAUAGCGAACAAAACUGCCCCCACUUCCAGAAGCAGAUCUUGGGAUAGCCGCGGAUACGUAUUCACAUCCCCGACAAAUUUCCCAGUUGGGAACUGGAAAACGAAGAACCGCGAGACUCCACAAGAAGUAGAACAGACUGAGAAAGUUGGUCCCAGACAAAGGCGCAGCCCUUCAGGCAGACCUGUCGCCACGGUAAUCAAGAAGGACCGGCUUGUAGAUACCGGGGUCAGGAGCCUGACUACUUUGAAUACAGGAGCAGUGACAAGCACUGGGCUGGCACCACAUCUCCCAGCAGAGAAAAACUCAAACGUUAAGACAGACAUCAAGACGGAGAACAGCUUGAAUGGUCAGACCAAGAAGAUGGAUCAAGGCGUUGCCAUUGAGACACCUGUAAAAGAUGAGAUGUACUACCCUCGUCCGCAGGAGGAACCAGUGGUGGUCCCCAAGAAGAUCAGAACUGCUGCCGAAAAGAAGCACCGAUGGUCAAACCAAGAAGGCAAUACCAAUUUCCCCGACCAAAAGAAAGAUGGGCUUAAACAGGAGCAUCAACCCCUCUUCUCUCCAGUUAAGUUAGCUAAACAAGUUGAUUGGGCAAGUGGUCAAACAGGUGCCAGAAAAAGAAAGCGGAAUGAUUCACAAGAGAGUCAGAUGAGAGGUCACAGUGGUUGGGAAGAAAGUCUGCGGCAAAAACCGGCAACCGUCACCAAGUUCCAGGCCGGCGAAUCUCACAAGACCUCAAAGAAACCAGAGACAGAGAAGAAAAGAUGGCAGUCUCCUGCGAAGAACAUUAUUCAGAGCCCUACAAAAGCUGACAGUGAUAAGUCGUACCUGGCAACCAAAUCGCCAUUCAGAGAUGUUUGGAAGCCUCCUCCGUCAAAGAAGAUGAAGUUAUAUGAAGGCUCUGAUCAUGCACAAAAGUCAAGUGAAGAAGAGGAAUUGAGCAAGCCAAUAACAACCCAUGUUUCAACCCCACGCCCGCCUCCUGUUCUUCAAGACAAGUUCCGCUACGGCGAGCUGAUCUGGGGCAAGAUGAAAGGGUUCAACUGGUGGCCCGGCACGGUGGUGCACCACCACGCAUGCGGACGGGAUGCCGCGCCCAGCGAUGCAUGCUGGGUAAAGUGGUACGGAGAUGACAAGUUUUCAAAGUUGAAUCUCAGCCAGGUAACCCCCUUUUUCCAGUUCUCCGCCCACUUCUCGCACUCUACAUUUCUGCACACUGCCCUCUACAGGCGAGCAGUCUUCCUAGCUCUUCUGAUUGCGUCAACACGUGCAGGCAAGACCUACGCUAGCGAUCCGACCCAGUAUAAGACCGAGGUUCCCAAGCGCAGCCGGCGCUCGGACCCAGCCUGGCAGAAAUUCUACGAGCUGUGCAACGAAAUGAUCGGAUGGGCCAAGGAUGGGUUCGAACCAGGCGGCAAGGAUGCUAUCAUGCCAGAUGAAGUAGAGCAGCAGCUACCACCAAGGCCAGCCUCCCCGCCCCCAAGCCCUGCGUUGUCCACGCCCACCAAGAGGUCGAACCGCUCCCCGUCCAAGUCGUCUGGUACCUGGAAGGAUAUAAGAGAUGUUGUCAUUCCGGAAGUUCGUAAUGGGAUGAAAUGCAUUGAAGAUAUCUGCAUUGGCUGUGGGAGUUCCAAAUUGACGGCUCAGCAUCCAUUCUUCAUUGGGGGUCUGUGUGAAGUCUGCAGGAUUGAAUAUGCAGAGAUGGCCUACGUGUUUGAUGAGGACGGGUACCAGUGUUUCUGCUGCAUCUGUGCUGAGGGAAGCGACAUCAUCCUAUGUGACCAGCCAGAAUGCUAUCGCUCUUUCUGCCAUGACUGUAUUGAGUGUCUGGUAGGGCCAGGCGAAGUCCAAACAAUUCUCGCUGAUGACCAAUGGAAGUGCUACAUGUGCAACCCAGAGCCCACCGCCGGCCUGCUGACUCGACGCGAAGACUGGCCCCAGAAACUGCUGUUGUUUUUCCAGCAGGAUCACAGCCAGAACUUCCCACCAAUCAGGACCUAUCCCCCCGUGGCAAUGGAUCAGCGCAAACCCGUCAGGGUGCUCUCGUUGUUUGAUGGCAUUGGAACAGGCAUGUUGGUCCUGAAGGAGCUAGGUGUCAAGGUGGACUGUUACUAUGCCUCUGAGAUCAACGAGGAAGCUAUGCAGGUCUCCUCGGUGCGUCACGACGGCGUCAUCCAACAACUGAACGACGUCAGGGGCAUCACAGAGCAAGAGAUCAAAUCCCUGGGGCCAUUUGACCUGCUGAUCGGAGGCAGUCCAUGCAACGAUCUCUCCAUUGCCAACCCGGCACGCAAGGGACUGUUUGAAGGAACCGGUGUUCUCUUCUUUGAGUUCUAUCGUCUGCUGACCGCCGUCCGUCCAGAGGCAGACAGCCAACGCCCCUUCUUCUGGCUGUUUGAGAAUGUCGUCGGAAUGCCACACAAGCACAAAAUGGACAUAUCCAGAUUCCUGCAGUGUGACCCGGUAGUAGUCGAUGCCAAGGAUGUUUCCCCGGCCCACAGAGCACGCUACUUUUGGGGAAACCUGCCAGGAAUGAAUAGACCCAACGUGGCCACAGACCACAAUGCACUGUGCCUGCAAGACUGCCUGGAACCCAACUGCAACCGACAAGCGCAGUUCUCCAAGGUCCGCACCGUCACCUCCAAGCUGAACUCCAUCAAGCAGAGGAGCGAGCAGGUCCUCCCCGUCCUGAUGAAUGGUCAGGAGGACGCCCUCUGGUGUACAGAGAUGGAGAGGAUUUUCGGCUUCCCAGAGCACUACACGGACAUAGCCAACAUGAGCCGCUCCUCACGACACAAGCUGAUUGGCCAGGCAUGGAGCGUGCCUGUUAUCAAGCACCUACUGGCUCCGCUCAAGGAGUACUUUGCCUGUGAGACCCACGAGGAGAGAGCCUAAGAAUAUGGAGCUUUUUCUGAUCUGCCCUUUGUCCAAAUUGUAACAAGUUGGAAUUCUUUAGCCGUAUAGACCAGUCUGGGCACAAAAACUACUGUACACUUAUGGACACCGAUAAGGCCUUUUCACACUAGGGUCUGGCCUAUCU